UAAUGUAAAGCCUAGCCGCAAAUAUAGGUUAUUCAAAAAACAGUAAAAAACGAAUUACUGUUUAAAAGUGAGGUAGCUAAACGUGCGCUUACUCUUACAAAAUGUCUUACGAUAACAUCCAUAGAUUUUUAUUACGUUCAGUUGCAAGUCUUGGAGUGUUAUCCUUUCAUGAUACUGAAGAAAUUUUAUCUAAAUCUUUUCCUGAGACAGAAUUUGCAAUUAAUGAUUUAGUUCAGAAUAUAAAUGAAAAAUUGAAACCGCUCAAGCAACAGAUAAAGAUUGUGAAUGAAGAAACAACAAUGCAAAAGAACUUAGUUUUUAUCUCUUUAGGAUGUGACAUAACCACCAAGACCCAAAAUAUGUUCUCUUCAGAGCAGCUGGAUUAUUUCAGGAUUCUAUUAGAGCAAAUAAUGACAACUGAAAGUCGACAAAUAACUGCAAUUCAAGCUAUUAACUUAGCUGGUAAAGGAAGUGUUGCCAUAACAGAUGCUGAGGCUUUGCUUCUCAUAUGGUGCAGAAUGCAUUACUUGGAAAAGAUCGGCAGCAAUUAUGCAAUAGGUCUUCGAGCUAUUCAUGAGUUUGAAAGAUACUUUCAAGAGAACAUGCCAGAUAGAGUUCCAAAUUGCUGCCUUUGCAACCAAAGUGUGUUUAGAGGCUACAAUUGUCCUGGAUGUGAUGAAGCUAUACACACCAACUGCUUGAAGAAUUAUUCUGACAAACAUCACAAAUGGCCGUGCUGUAAAGCUGACUUUUAUGAAAGCCAUCUCGAGCGACUUGACUGUCAAGGAAUGUCCCAAACAUUACAUUCAAAACGUCAAACUCAAGGUGAACCGAGCAACGUCAGUAACCGGACAGUAGAGAUAGAAGACAGCGAUCAAGAGACAGAGGAAACAACUGUCGAAAUAUCACAGUCAAAGAAGAGAAAGAGAAAAACUAAAUGAAGGGAAUUAUUUUAUAGUAACAGGAGUAAUAUCAUAUUUAAAUAGGUAUUCACCGAUUGAAAUACCAAAUUGUUAAAUAAAUAAAUACAAAAUAAUAAUAAA